AUGAAUCCAGAAGAAUGUUUUCAGCAUGCACUUGAUCCAGGCGCCACCGAAAUCACAAGUCAGAAAAAUAUGGAGCUUUUUGUGGCUGAACUUGCAAAAAAUGGACAUAUUACUCAGCAAGAUACUUGGAUUACUUCACUUUUCCCACAACCAUCACCUGCUCGUCCAGUUACAUUUGAAAACUUUAAACGUGCAGUUAUCGACACAGAGUUUAAGAAUGAAAGAUUGGCAUUUGAAGAACAUUGUGCACAUGUUGACGAAUCUCUCGAUUUACUUGAACGACAAGUCAAGAAAGCGCUUUCAUAUCCAUCAGACGUCGUUAAUUUACACUUCAUUCUUAAUACUAUUCAAGAUUUAAAGCAGACAAUUGCAGGAUCAACAGCAGCAACAGAUAACGAGCAAGAUAACAAAGUUCAGAGAUUCAGAAACUUCUUUUGGAGUCGUAUUGACGGCGUUGAUCCACCAAUACCUCAACCAACUGCUCAAAGAAUUGCAUAUGUCGGCCAAUUAGUUAAGAAUCAGAGAAAGAAAGUUCAACCACCUGUUAAAUCGCGUAAUGGUACUAAAAAGCAAAUCUGUCCUGGUGUUUGCUGCUUUGCUGCUCAAGAUGCUGCAAAGAAUUUAAUAGAUGUCAUAGAAGUUGAUGCAUUGACAGCCUCAUAUACAGCAUACCAUAAGGAAGCUCUAGACUUCGAGAUAGCCCGUGAAUUCCUUCCUUCACAUUGUUUCAGAUCUCCUUUAGAUAUGAGAUGCGAAACAGGAGAUAAAGUCUGGUUUAUGUACGAUAGCAACCGAUAUCUCCCAAUUUUAUCGUUUUUCCGUGGUCCAACUGCAAUUGGCGAACAAUCUCCACUUUUUGCACAUUGGAGAUCCAGAAUUGCAACAGCAUUGUGCGAUUUAACAAUGUAUGGCUCAAAGAGACUUGCAGCGCCUUUAGGAGCUGCUAAUAUUAAUGUAACCGCAGAUGGCGACCAAAUCUGCAUAGUAGAUGCAGAAUGGGGUGCAGACAAAGAUGUAGAGGCGCAUGAUGAACCACUGGCAAUUCCAUCAUUAAUUAAAAUUAUUGAUGAAAUUAUUUUGCCAAAUUUGCAAGGUCCCGUACUUAAAUGUAUACUUGAAAUUGCUAGAGAAGGAGGAUGCACCAUUUUUGAUAUUGUAAGACAUCCUUACUUCAGAGCUUUGCAAUCUCAAGGCGAAGUUAAGAAUCAGAUCGCUCUUUCAAGGUCUAAAGGUGGUGAAACAACCAUUGAAGAUUAA